AUGCCUCAGGAGCCGAAAUGGAAAAAGGCCUACGACCGACUGAUCCGUGAGCACUACAAUGACCAGAGGCAGGUGCAUCUGCUGCAGCGCCAACUGCGUCACUUCCGGUCGAAAAGGGAGCGCCUGCAGCAACAAAUCGAGGAGGAGAGCAGGGGCAUGGACGUCUGGAUGAGCAUGAUGGCCAACCUGCGACGCGGCGUCGAGCGCUUCCAGAAGCAAAAGCAUCUGCUCACCCCCAAGAAGAAAAAGCAGUUGCGCCGGAUAAUGCGGCAGCUGCCCAGUGACACUCUGGAGCAGCGGGUGCGACUGAUGGAGGUAUCGGAGAAGUUGGUUCCGAAACCAUGCAAGGAGGUAGCCAACUCAGAAGCUCUAGAAGAUCAACCCAAUGUCAGAUACUCUGUCCCACUGCAGAAACACUGUGAUCCCAAUACCAGGUCCUCGGUGGACAAGCGCCUCUCCAGGAUCAAUGCUGAUCUGCAAGCCCUUCGCCGGAUCCACGAAAAAACCAUGUCUGUGGUGGCAGAUAUACGUUCCCUGAUGGCCACCCUCAACUAUUUGGAACGCGGUCAUUGCACCAAUAUUAAAAUCACCCCUUAUAGGGAGUCGGCGAACUCCGUUUCGCCCGCGAAGGCCACCAUCAAGUUGGAUCGCCUGCGAAGGACCAAGCACAGGACGCACUACACCCGGGAGAUGAUGGACAUUCGACCGCCUUAUAUCCUCAAUCAUGUACCGCAACUCAAGCCCGACAUUUUUGACUUACUCGAUAUAAAGUCCAAGAAAGAUCACACACACUACACUAAAUCCAUCUCUGUGGUGGGGACAAUAAUUUAUUACGCCAAGAAUUAG